AUGCAAUACAUAAAGAGCAAAACGGUUGUUAUGCAGGGAUCGACUGAUAAAUUGAGUAAAUACAACGUUGCCAUAAAAAGUUCAAGCACUUCUCUCAAAAAGCAGUUGCACACAGACGUGCAAGGGCCUAGAUCCAACCGUGAUGAUCCAUCUGAUGAGGAAAGACUAACAAGCGGAAAUGCGCCAAGAUUAAAGUCAUCCCUUAAAAAAAAAAACAGCUCUUUGGAUGGAAGCACUUUGGAACAGAUGGACUCCAAACGUGAAGGUGUGGAGGGACAUUCAUUGGGGGUCAGCAGUAGCGACGCUUUGGAGAGGCCUGUUAAAGUGGCCACAUCGAAAAUGGGCGUGAUGCUGGAGGCAGGAGAAAACGCAGGUGAUGAAAGCAGCGUAGAUGAUGACCCAAACGUGGAUGAUGCCAGCAAGGAUAGGGAUGGCAACUCGGGUGAUGAAAAAUCGGUAGACAAACUCAAGGCACCAGCAAAAAGCGCAAUCAAAAAAGUGUCCGUGUUUGAGCGCCUAGCCACCACGCACACGCUGAGCAGCAGCUACAGGUACUCAAGUCCAAAGCUGAAAAAGCUGCACACAGAAAAUUUGCAAGGAGCCUUGAAAGGGGGGGGGCCCAAGAAAGCCUUCAGCAUGAGAGUAGACAAGAACGUAACCUAUACUUCUUUCUCCCCGUACAAUAAAGCGCGAAAGAUGAAUGCGGAAAGGAAACUAAAUAUGAUCAGUGCAAAGACGCAGAUUUUAAAAAUAGCUGAGAGGUUCAUGAGCACAGAUAAAAUCAAGUCCUUCCAAAUGGUCGGCAGGCGGAACACUCAAUCGUUUGCGAAAAAUGGGAAGCCUCUUUCGGAGAGGUCGCAAGUUUUGGGCCCGUUGAUGCCGAAGAAGCGGGCGGAGGAAUUGACGAAGAUGGAAAAGUCGGAAAAGUCCAUAGGGAGGACACCAGGGGAUAUUCCAACCUACGAGAGGCGAAGUUCAACCAAGCAUGGGGACUUGGGCAAAGGUAACCACGUCAAGGAGACCAAUGAAGCAGAGACCAAUAAAGCAGAGAACAACGUAGCAGAGGCCAAAUAUAGCCCUCAGAUAGAGGCCAGGAAGAAAAACCGAGCAACAUUAACAAAGAACAAAAAGAUGGUUCUACGGAAAACGGGUCUCCAACAAGGAUUACCAUUAUUUGAAAACAUGCUUGGAGUAAGUCAUUCAGGAGAAGUGUACUCAUGGGAUGGUUACCACUGGACGAGAAUAAACAUCCGCUACGAAUCUUUCAUAUCCCUGUGCACUGACAAAAAGGGACAUAUCAUUUGCAUCAAUACAGAUUUCCAUCUUGGUUUUCUAAUGAACAAUAGGUGCUUCCAACAAAUAGACACGCAUAAAGAAACUCUCUUUUUAAAAAUGGCCAUUAGUGGAAGGAAUAAAAUGUGGGCAAUAAAUCUGCGGGGCGAUUUACAAAAAUGGAACAAAUACGAAUGGGUGCAGGAAAAAAAGGCUUACGGAAUAGCCAAGUUGAAAUCAUUGGCCUUUGACAGAAAUGAUCAACUGUGGGUUCUAGAUGAGAAGAAUUAUUUUUACAUCUUCAACACACAACGUAAGAAUUGGAUGCUCCACAGUGAUACCAGCAAAGGCGGAGGAAAAAUAGAAGACUUUGAUUUUAACGAGAGUAACUUUCUAGUCGCCCUCACCUCUGAUGGGGUGAUUAAGAUUUGUAAAAAUGGCCGCUGGGUCGUGUGCGGCAUGCUGGGACAAAUGAAAAUUUCAAGUUUGCACUUUUUGAGGAAGGCGCAGACCAUCAAGUAG